UGCAAGUAUGGCUCAGCAUGCAAAUACUCCCAUGAUCUGCCUUCCACAAAUGGAAAUGAGACACAUGGUUCUAGAGGACGACCACCUCAACCUGAGACUCCUGAGCAACAACAAGCUAGAGUGGACUACAAUGCAUGGCGCCGACUCAUCAAAGUUCCACCUAUUAGAAACGAUAAGAGAACAAUGAAACAGCUUUGGAGUGGUGGCCUUGUCAUCUUGAGUGGCAACAAUCUAGAAUGGCAGCAAAUGUUGCCACGCGAUUUGGACAGCGACGACUAUCGAGGCCGGGAACAUAUCAAGGCCUUGCUAGAGCUGCGAUCAAGCCCAGGAGAAGAGCAGGAACUCGUUCGUAUCGCGUGUUCGUUUCUCUCUGUCAUCACUCAUCGCGCUUUUUUGGACUGUCUCUCCGUUGAUACCUCUGUCGGAGCGCUCUACAAUUUUGUGAGUGGCACGAAUGGAAACCGCGCCAUUCCUUUCUUCCAACAUCUUUCUCAAACACUCGUAGAUUCCCACCUCACAUCCGUCAACUCUUCAGAAAUGAUUCAGAAUACUUUGCGGACCAUGCUGGUUGCACUUCGAGAGCUUGUUAGAAGAGAGCCUCGCGCUCGAUUCAACGAAAACAUCACGUCUUUACUCGAUUUAAUGGAAGAAGCGACUAGAGUAGUCGUUGGAGAUACUCGAGAUUUGAUCAUGCCAAUCACGCGGGGGCGGAUCAAUGAAAUACGAGCUAUUGUCGCACGAACAAAUGGACUUCUUGCGCAAGAAGAAAAUAACGCGCAAUCAGAAAUGGCCACCAAGUCGACAUAUCCUCGCAAUCUGAUAAUGCCACAAGAUCGUCACGACAACGACAAGCCUGACAUUGUUAAUAUUAAGAUCUUUCCAACUUCUGAGGAAAUCAUGAGCGAUGCAAUCGACUUUCUGCCAUCCACCGAUCCCGACCAGCCUCACUUCCUUCAAAACAAGGUUGAAAGGCAUAUCGAUACAUUCUUUCGUCUUCUUCGUCACGAUACUUUCGGAGAACUGAAAACGGCUCUUAGAUUGUUCUUGCACACUAUACAAAAUGAUCCAGCUUGUAUCGACAAUCCGAAUCUUAGUCUCGGAGAUUUUCGAGCUUUCCACUACCCGGAUGCGUACAUCAGCUACAUCUCAUUCGACCGUCGCCAUGGUCUCGAAAUAAGUUUAUCGUUCAGCCAACUUCCACAGCUACGCAGAAAAUCAGCGAAAGAGAGACAAAAAUGGUGGCAAGACUCAAAAAGACUUCGCGAAGGUAUCCUUCUCUCAUUUAUCUCGGUUCGCGAUGGUCAAGUUCAGCACUUGUUCUUCACUGUCAGCAGAAGAGAUACAGACACGAAGCAUGACCGGAGCCUCACCAAGGAAGAUUAUCGGUGCACCAUUACCCUAAAGCUGGUAGCCGUUGACCAGACACAGGUAGCUCUGGCCAUUUCCUUGAGCUGUAAAAAUGCUCGUGGACUUCUUCUAGAGUUCCCCGGUAUCAUUCCCGCCACAUUUGUACCAAUCCUCGAGAACUUGAAGGAAAUGCAAAAGCACAGCAGGCUGCCGUUUAAGGACUGUAUCCUUCCCGACCAAAUCGAGAACGCGCAGAACCGGAAAGGCGGAAACACUCUUGACAUACCGGCCCCGCUUUACACUCGUCGUCCUGAAUUUGCUUUUAAUUUGGAGUCCAUUUUCAAGAAAGACGAGGUGGGAAAUGGCGAUAUCUACGUGCGUUCGAACUCUUCUCCUGAUAACACAGCUAUGAUUGCCAUGAUUGAAGCUCGUACCGGACUAGAUCGUGGCCAAAGUGGGGCCUUGAUAUCAGCUUUGACGCGUGAAUUUGCGUUUAUCCAAGGUCCCCCUGGUACAGGAAAGUCGUAUCUCGGCGUCGAAUUGAUGAAGAUUCUAAUGGACUGUAAAUCAAGAGUGGACUUAGGGCCUAUCAUCGUGGUGUGUUAUACCAACCACGCGCUUGAUCAAUUUCUCGAGCAUUUAAUCGAAAAUGGAAUCCAGAAGACUAUUCGUAUCGGAGGCCAGAGCCACUCCGCCAUGCUGGAAGAACACAACCUUCGGAAGAUUUCUCAAAUGGAAGGCAAGACAAGAUCCGAAGGGUUCCUCCUUCACAAAGCAUACGAGCAUUUAGAACAAGAGUCAGAGCAAAUCAAGAAAAGUCUAGGGCGACUUCAUGGCGUUUUUAAACAUGCCAACUGGUCAAAUUUGCAGUAUUACCUCAUGCGCAGGCACCCGCAGAUUCACAAGCAGUUUAGUCGAUUUGAUGAAGACGGUUUUGAGCGUGUUGGUAAGCCUCUUUUUGAUGUCUGGCUUCCUCCCAAUAGCAGUGAUGGCACAGCGACACGAGAUGGCGAGAUCAGGCUGGCGGCCACCUUGAUCGACCACGUUCUACAGAAGGCGGCAGUCAACGUUCAUUCCUUGUCACGGCAAGAGAAACAAACCCUUAUAGAUUUCUGGUGUCAAGAGAUCUACGAUGAUGCUCUUGAUGAUCUUUACGAGAGUGUGAAGAUAACUGACUCUGCGUAUGGGCAACUAGCAAAUAUUCAUGACGAGGUUGACCGACGAGUCCUUCAAGAGGCGGACGUCAUUGGAAUCACUACCACGGGUCUGGCGAAACGAAUUUCCACUCUGCGGCAUGUGCGAUGCAAGAUUGUGAUAUGCGAGGAAGCUGGAGAAGUCAUGGAACCGCACAUGCUAUCUGCGUUGCUCCCGACGGUCGAACAUCUGAUCCAAAUCGGAGACCAUCAGCAACUUCGUCCGCAGAUAAAUAACUAUGGUCUUUCGCUCGAAAGUAAUCAGGGCGGCCUCUACCAGUUAGAUCGAAGUCAGUUUGAAAGGCUUUCUGUGGGGCAAUCUGGGCGACCUAGGAUUCCAGUAGCCCAGCUGAACGUGCAGCGACGAAUGCGUCCUGAGAUAUCGAAAUUAAUACAGGAAACGGUCUAUCCCAGAUUGACCGAUCACGAUACCACUAUUGACCUUCCAAAUGUCGUUGGAAUGCAAAAGAAUGUGUACUGGCUAGAUCAUGACCACUUCGAAGAGGGACAAAACUCCGAGAUGCACCACAAAUCUCAUUCAAACAUUUGGGAAGUAGAAAUGGUGCAUAGUCUGAUCCGCCACAUUGUUCGGCAGGGUGUCUACAAAAGCAGCGAUAUCGCUGUCUUGACACCUUACACUGGACAGCUGCAGAAGCUUCGCUCAGCAAUGAGAAACGACUUUGAAAUCGUACUUAGCGACCGAGAUCAGGAAGCACUUGAUAAGGAAGGAUUCACAGAAGGCGACGCAAGUCCUCAACAUGAAGUCGCAGAGCUUCAUUCAACACACCGUAAGACCGUUUUGGAAAAAAAGACACUCAUUGAUCUCUUACGAAUUGCGACUGUCGACAACUUCCAAGGUGAAGAGGCCAAGGUCAUCAUUGUCUCCCUUGUCCGAAGCAACAAUGAGAAGAGGGUCGGAUUCCUCAGGACGACAAAUCGAAUCAACGUUCUUCUCAGUCGAGCUCAGCACGGAAUGUACCUAAUUGGCAACUCUGACACAUAUUCAAACAUUGGCAUGUGGCAGAAAGUUAUCAACAUGCUUCGGAUGACUGACGCUGUGGGAACGAGUUUGGCGCUUAACUGCCCACGCCAUCCCGAAACCGAGAUCAAAGUUCACGAACCUCAUGACUUUCCCAAAGUCAGCCCAGAAGGAGGAUGUCGCCUCGCAUGUCCUUGGCGCUUGCCUGACUGUGGCCAUAUGUGCCAGUCGAGAUGUCAUUCGGAAAGUAUGCACAACGUGUUUCUAUGCACACAGCCUUGUCAGAGGCUGCACGAACCAUGCGGACAUGUUUGUCAGAAGCCGACGUGCGGGGAGGAUUGCGAAAAGUGUCACAUCAAUCUGAACAAUGUCCCGCUUCCUUGCGGUCAUUUCAAGGAUAACGUAUUCUGCUUUCAAGCACAGAAUCCCGGUAUACUCCGCUGCUCCAUUUUGGUUGAGAAGCUUGUCCCGUCCUGCAAACACACGGUGAAGGUGACCUGCUCAGUCGACGUGACAUCAGAAGAGUAUCGUUGCUCAAACCCUUGCGCUACAACGUUACUCUGCGGCCACCUUUGCCCAGGAACAUGUAGUAGUUGUAACCGUAACGAUGCUGAAGGCAAAGUUUCUAUCUCACACCAGAAAUGCACCAGACCAUGCGGACGCCGAUUUGGCACAUGUAACCAUUUGUGUCAGAAGGCUUGCCACGGAAAAGACUGUGGUCUUUGCUUCUCUCCCUGUGAAGUCCGCUGCCGGCAUUCUAAAUGCACCUUGCGCUGCCAUGAGCCAUGUGCGCCAUGCAUUGAGAGAUGCACAUGGGAAUGCCAACAUCGUGAGCGAUGCACCAUGCCGUGUUCUGCACCUUGUAACAGACUGCCCUGUGACCAGCGCUGCUCGAGGUAUCUUUCUUGUGGCCAUCAAUGUCCAGGUAUAUGUGGCGAAGAAUGCCCCACCGAUUACUGUCACGCCUGUAGCUCCAAG